AUGCUUGCUCCGUCCCACCCCGCGUUCUCUGAAGACGACUUCAUCUACUCACCAGAGGCCAGUGAACUCCCCGGCGAGCGUAUUGAAGAGUACGGUCCUGGAGGGUUUCACCCUGUCACCUUGGGGAUGGUCAUAUGUAGUCCGAAGGCACGCUACCGCGUCAUGCAGAAACUUGGCUUCGGUGGCUACAGCACGGUAUGGCUCGUCGAUAUCAUAGGCCAACCUCGUUGUGCCGCUCUCCGCAUAUCUAAGGCUGGUUUCUUUUCCGAAGGCGAGGACGAUGUUUUGCGUCGCAUUGCCGCUACGCCUUCGCUGCUUCAUGUCGCUACCCUGCUAGAUUGGUUCACGAUAGAUGGUCCCAAUGGGACCCAUAAGGCCACCGUGAUGGAAGUCGUUGCGCCCAUGAUGGCCGCGAUGUACUUCCUAGAAAACGCAGCCGACUCAGCGUUGGAGGCUCACUCAGUACCCACAACGACGGUCUCCGAGACAAUUCAUCCUACAGCUUCGCACUCGUCAAUCGCACUUAACAAAGCCGUCGUACGCAGUCUCGUCGAGGCUGUAGCUGAGCUUCAUGGCUCUGGGAUUGUGCACGGAGAUCUGCAUUUCGCCAAUGUCGGCUUUGCACUGCCAACUCUAUUCGAUGGAAGCGACAAAGAGCGGAUUUGGAGUAGGCCUGAUGUGACCGUCGUGGUACCGCGAGAUCCCGAGAUGAAUAUCUUCUCUUCCCACUUUCCGCCGUAUAUUGUGCAGCCAUGGAGUUUCAUGAGCUUUCUCCGAGUGAUCGGCUGUGCAAAGAUAGCCCCAUCCGUGAAGAUUUACGAUUUUGGAACUUCUUGUUGCGUAGAACGACCUCAUCCUACGACGGGAUUCCUGGAUCAGAUCAUCCCACCGGAAUGGGUUAUUCAAGGAACAACGCCUGACGCAGUGAGGUUGCCCGACCGCGCGUGCGAUAUAUGGGCGGUAGGCCUGAUGAUCUUCUGCCUAAUGACAGGGGGCGUGUACCCUUAUACGGCAUUCAAUGGCUCCGCCCCGUUCAUCACCAUGGCGCGUUUAUCUGGGUAUAUCCCUGCGUCGUGGAAGCAGCUAUAUGAUUGGGCUAACGAUCCAAAGCUUUUGGAAGAACUUUCUGAGGAGAAAUGUGCCGAGGAAUGGGAAGAGUAUCGGGCGAUGCUCAGACAACGCUGCUCAGACGACGCCGACGCGGAUAAACUUAUAGCCCUUUUGCGCCGAGUCUUUGCUCUUGACCCUGCCGAGCGCCCAAGUGCCGCUGAUAUUCUUCGAGAUCCUUGGUUCGCCUCGACGUGA